AUGAUUUUUAUUCGAACUGAAUUAGAAUUAUUAAGGAAGGAUUGUCAGAUAUUGUUUGGGACUGAAGAAAAUCCUAUAAGUCAAGACGAAUCUCGAGCUCGAUUGGAAAAGUGUCAUAAGCGUCAUAACGACUUGUUAACGUGCGUACGGUUAUUCGACUCAUGCCUGUCACCAGUAAUGUUGCUCUACGUGGUCAUGUGCUCAUCUAUGUUGUGUGCUACUGCGUAUCAAUUUACAAUAGAGACUAGCACCAUGCAGAAAGUCAUAACAGCAGAAUUUCUUAUAUUCGCUGUAGCACAGCUCUUUAUGUAUUGCUGGUAUAGCAAUGACGUUUUUUAUGUUAGUAAAGACCUUACUCUGGGACCAUACGAGAGUAUCUGGUGGACUCGCACUUUAUCUGAACAGAGAGAUAUAAAUAUUUUAGCAGAACAGCUAAAUAAAAUAUUAAUAUUCAGUGCAGGUCCAUUUACUAGCAUCACUGUCACGUCUUUUAUAAACAUUUUGAAAGGAGCUUACAGUUAUUAUACACUGUUAAGUCAAUCUCAGGAACAU